UUACAUACGCAAACAAAAUAAAUUGUAAAGGCGUCUUCAUCAAUUCAAGGCGUUUUAGGGUAAUGAGGGAACGGCCCGUCAUGGUACGUAAUUUUGUCAAUACAUUCACACAUGAAUAUAGAUAUAAACUUCAUGCGAACUAAACAUGUCGUAGCUAUCCGCAUUAUAAUGCAGUAUAUUCCCUCAGCCAUGACAUAUUAAAUAGGUCUUGAACAGCAGUCUCUCCUGAAGUAGGUCUACUGUAUUGACUUAUAGCGGACAGGUACGCUGUUAGCUAGCUAUGAGCCGUAGUAUACACCGUGUAUUAGAUAGAGCAACGUCUACUACUGUACACACAUACAUAGAAACACACAUAAAAAAUAUACACUGUAACAGUCAGCUGUUCGACGAUAUGUGCAAAUAGCCCGUACCCGCCAUAACACAAUGAAGCUCUACAUCCGAUGCAGAUUACUAUGUGCUGUAUGGUGUGCAAUAGAAAUUCUUUUCUUCGGAGGAAUUAUAUACGGCUGGGGGUCACUGGUAUUUGUUCUAAAAGAGGAAGGUUUUUAUUAUGAGGAAUGUUUAAGUGUCAUAACACCUCCUGCUGAACAGCUAUAUUCUACCAACAUCACCAACACUACCAUAGUGAACUUGCGACAAAACACAAUUUUGACACCCGCUGUCAAUGAUGACGAUUCGGACACACGUCAAUGGGAUGGCGACAAUGUUUAUGAAACAGAUUCCGGGACAGUUCCGCCGUUCCGUACCUGUCCUCGACAGGAAUCCAAGUUGAAUCUUUGGUUUUCUGUGGCAGUCGCCUUUAUGUAUCUGUCGAUGGCAUUCCUGGGAGAGCUGACCACCCGAUUAGGAACACAGGUCACCAGACAUAUAUUUACUUUAACAUUCGUGUUUGGAGCGUUGUGUGUGGCGUUCGCGACAAAGGACAUUCCCUGGUUGCUGUGUCCGGGGCUGUGCAGUAUUGCCGUCUCUGGAUUGGUCAUAUUUGCCACCAACAUUCAGGUAGCUAACCUGUUCCCCCGCCUACAGUCGACAGUGGUGGCCCUGUACUGUGGCCUGUUCGACUCCUCGUCUGUUAUGCAACAGCUGAUGAAGAUAGCGAACGAGAACGGCAUAUCCCGUCGGAUAUUUUAUGUAUGUUUGGCGGGCUCUGGGCUCAUAAUGCUAACCAUAAGUACGGUGCUCUUCCUGCCAAAGUCCUACAUCACAAAGCAGAAGAUCCGCCGGAAGUCGUGCGAGCUGGAGAUCAAGAGCGGGCGACUUUUGGCAGAAAUAAAAGGUUUUAAGCACCAGAGGGAGACGGACGAAACAUCUAUACGCGCAUGCAUACUGUCACCUACGUACCUCGUGCACGUGGCCUGGAUGAGCAUCAAUACUGUCACGUUCGUCACCUUUAUCGGACUGGUCAACGUCAACCUAGAGCAGUUGUCUAGUAACAAACAAGUCAUCAGUAAAUACCUUGGUGUGUUUGCCUAUACCACCAUGUGUACGGUAGUGGCGGGACUGCUGGCGGGGAUGAGUUAUGACUGUCAACGCAGACGAUAUCAUAACUAUCCGUUGCCGGUUAGAGUAUGGCGGCCCGUCUUGUUGCCAAUGACAAUGACGGGGAUCCUUGGGUCCAUGGUAUACGUGCUUCUCCUGGUGGGACACCUCAGCGUCAUGGUGCCGACAUUUGUCCUGUUCACGCUCUACCGCUCCUUCCUCUACUCUAUAGGAGUGGCAUUCGUCAACGACGCGUUUCCGGAGCAACACUUUGGAGCCCUAUACGGUAUAAUGACCUUUUCCACUGGACUCUUCAGUAUGCUACAAUACGGCUUCUUCUCCUGGUUCGACGCGUACGAGGACGCCAAUGUGCACGUGACGAUUUUUCUCCUGUUCCUUUGCCUUGUGACGUUUAUACACCCGCUACAGUUAGGGAUACGGAGUUUCAAGAAGUGCACCACCGACACGAACACAGAACAGGCCUUCCUGCCACCGGUCACGACUGAUUCAGAGGAAGGCCAUAUCUUGAGGAAAACUUGAUGAGUGGUGCCACUAGAGACAUAUCAUAAUGUAAUCAGUGUAGAAUAAGUGUACUUAACCACAGAUGUACAGGUCUUCCACAUUGGACACGGACGGAGAAAAUGUGGCCUUGUAAGGCAAAUAUAUGAUGAUGCCACUCGGUAAGCCUCCUUUUCGAUUUCCGUUCUGACCAACAUGAUAAUAAACCAAUGAAGAACACCAGUAGAAUUCAACUAAUGCUGGCACCCUUAAACUGUUCGUCAGGUCAGUUCAGAAGCAAACAAUUAUGUGUGGCAUGUAUCGAAACUGGCGACUGAUAUAUCAAGUCAUCUUGCAGCAGAACAAAUAACACUGUAUGAAAUGUAGCAAUGGUAGCUACUCACAUAGUGUCUAGUGGUGUUCCCAAUAUCAUAAAUCAUCGAUAUCAUGUGACUCGUUUUUUCAUAUACCAUCUACAUAUUUAGAUCCAGGGUAGUGUACAUGUAUGGAAGGCGUUUUAAUAUCGUAAUUUAUAAUUAAGCUCGGCUCAAACAUUUAUUGAGUUAUUCAAAACACGAUCUGUACACAUUGUAUAUGAAUGUGUCUGAAGAUAGGUCGAAGUAGUGAAAUUUAUCUCAAUUAUGAAUAAUUUCAUGAACUCAUAAUUGACUUCAGGGAGAUUUGAUACAAUUUUCCUUAUUUGUUCAAAUCUAUCAUGUCUAUAUACACACCUCUAACUAGCGUCCAUAAGUUCUUGUAGAAAUGUUGACGUGAUGAUGUUAAUAGACAUUCCAAGUAAACAUUUUUUUUCUUUCCGUGUAUCAUGAUUGUCCACUCACACAGGGUAACAUAUCGGAAGUUACAAGUAGAAAAGGUAUUGUUUCUAUAACGUUCAAGAUAUAAAAAGCGCUGACACAUUGAUGUUAUCAUAGAAAAAAUCCAAAGACAGGGGAAAUGGGUCUCAAAUGAAAUACUAUGCCGAAGGCACCCAGCACAGUAUUCCAUCCGUUUACAUUAUACUGACAACGGGUGAACCAGCUGUUAUGAACACCAUUUAUGCUGAACUUUAAGCAGGAAAUAACAGCUACCCGUUAAAGGACUUUGGUAUUUCCUGGCCUGGGGACAGCACUUAUUGUCAACCCCACAUGGGCAAACGCUCAACAUAAAGGCCAAAAGUGAGGUAUUGCCAAGCAAGGCACUAGAAACAAAAUGGCUGCUACUUGUAGGGUGUAGAGAGAAGAUCCCAUAUGUUGCAAUGGGGGCAGCAGAUCAAUUGAUGUUUCUUCAAUGUCUCCUUGGCAGAAGCAGGACACCCACAUUAGACGCCUUUAAUGAAAUGUAAUAUUAAUAAUAUACAACAUUUGGUAUAGCACCCUAUCUAGCUAACAUAAGACACUCUAAAGCGCUU